AUGCCACCUUAUCUCAAAAAAGUGCUCGACCUCGUGAAUUCCUUUGAAGGAGCUCGAAAUUCCCGAAUUCUCAGUCCAAGAUUCGCUCCAGUGGUUCCGGAAAAACGUCGCAAUAAGGGUUUCCUUUCUCCAUCAUUAUUUCCUUUUUACAGCGACAACACAGAGGAGCAGAUACUCCCUAUUCCUAAGGUAUGUGCGCUAUUACGUUAUAGAAAUCACUUCUAUGCCAAUGAACGCUUUUUAUACGUCUCUUUAUUCAAGCCUAGAUUAAAACCAUUUGAUAAGUAA